GAGUUGCCGCGAGAGGGGCGUGUAGACCCCGCCUCGGUGGGUGGGGAGUGGCAGGCCCCGCCUCGGCCCCUCUGGCAGGCUCCGGCCGGAGUCGCUGCGGCUCUGGCAGCCGAGCGGGAGCGCGGAGCCCGGAAGGAUGCGGCGCCCGCGGCGGCCUGGGGGUCCCGGGGGAUCUGGGGGUCUCCGGGUGCUCCUCUGCCUGAUGCUGCUGGGCAGCCGUCCGGGAGGCUGCAACGCCAUUAGCGCCCACGGCUGUCUGUUUGACCGCAGACUCUGCUCUCACCUCGAAGUCUGUAUUCAGGAUGGCUUGUUUGGACAAUGCCAGGUGGGAGUGGGGCAAGCCCGGCCCCUUUUGCAAGUCACCUCCCCAGUUCUUCAACGCUUACAAGGUGUCCUCCAACAGCUCAUGUCCCAAGGACUGUCCUGGCACGAUGACCUCACCCAGUAUGUGAUCUCCCAGGAAAUGGAGCGCAUCCCCAGGCUUCACCCUGCAGAGCCCCAUCCAAGGGACAGAUCUGGCUUGGCGCCCAGGAGACCGGGUCCCGCUGGGGAGCUGCUUUUACAGGGCAUCCCCACUGGCUCCGCCCCUGCUCCCCAGCAUCGGCUUCCUCAACCUCCAGUAGGUAGGGGUGGAGCUGGGGCAGGCUCCCCCCUCUCCCCUUUGCAGGCUGAGCUGCUGCCCCCUCUCCUGGAGCAUCUGCUGCUGCCCCCGCAGCCUCCCCACCCCGCCCUGAGUUAUGAACCUGCCCUGCUGCAGCCCUACUUGUUCCAUCAGUUUGGCUCCCGCGAUGGCCCCCGGAGCUCAGAGAGCUCCCCAGGAAUGGCCAGUGUUGGCCCCCUGCCCAAAGAUGAACCCCCAGCCCUCUUCAGCAGAACUGCCUCCAAGGGCACGUUCGGGGCUCACCCUGGCCGUUCCUAUGGGGACCCUCCAGGGCCUCCGCCUGCUCAGCUUCUCCAGGAGUCAGGGCUGCUCUACCUGGCCCAGGAGCCACAAGUGCCCAGCAGGGCCAGGGCACCAAGGCUGCCAGAGCAAGGGGGCAGCAGCCAGGCAGAUGACUCCUCAGAAGGCUAUGAGGAGGAAGGACUAGAGGGUCGCAGGGAGAAGCCUCCUUCCCCAGAAGAGCAGCCAGAUGUGACUCUGCAGAGGCUGGCAGCUGUGCUGGCGGGCUACGGGGUGGAGCUCCGUCAGCUGACUCCUGAGCAGCUCUCCACCCUCUCCACCCUGCUGCGGCUGCUGCCCAAGGGUGCAGGCCGAAACCUGGGAGGGGUUGUAAACGUUGGAGCUGACAUCAAGAAAACAAUGGAGGAGCAGGUGCAGGGCGCAGACGCAGCGGAGCCUCCACCGCCCACGCCCUCCCUGCCCGGAUCCCCCACUGCUGGUCCCACCUCCAAUGAAGCCCAGCGGGAGCUGAGCUCUGGAUCCUCUGAGCCCCCCAAAGCUGCCGGCCCCCCUGCCAUGCCCAUCCUGCGAGAGGAGAAAAGUCCACUGGGCCAGAGCCAGCCCACGGCGGCAGGGCAGCCCUCGGCUAGGCCAUCAGCAGAGGAAUAUGGCUACAUUGUCACUGACCAGAAGCCCCUGAGUCUGGCUGCAGGAGUGAAGCUUCUGGAGAUCCUGGCUGAGCAUGUGCACAUGUCCUCGGGCAGCUUCAUCAACAUCAGUGUCGUGGGACCAGCCCUUACCUUCCGCAUCCGGCACAAUGAACAGAACCUGUCUUUGGCUGACGUGACCAAGCAAGCUGGGAUGGUGAAGUCUGAACUGGAAGCACAGACAGGGCUCCAGAUCUUGCAGACAGGCGUGGGACAGAGGGAGGAGGCAGCCGCUGUCCUUCCCCGACCGGCCCACGGCACCUCUCCCAUGCGCUCCAUGCUGCUUACUCUGGUGGCCCUGGCGGGUGUGGCCGGGUUGCUCGUGGCUCUGGCAGUGGCCCUGUGUGCACGGCAGCGUGCGCGGCAGCGGGACAAGGAGCGCCUGGCCGCGCUGGGACCCGAGGACGCCCACGGUGACACUACCUUUGAGUACCAGGACCUGUGCCGCCAGCACAUGGCCACAAAGUCCCUGUUCAGCCGGGCAGAGGGUCCACCGGAGCCCUCUCGGGUGAGCAGCGUGUCCUCGCAGUUUAGUGAUGCGGCCCAGGCCAGCCCCAGCUCCCACAGCAGCACACCGUCCUGGUGCGAGGAGCCCGCCCAGGCCAACAUGGACAUCUCCACGGGACACAUGAUUCUGGCGUACAUGGAGGACCACCUGCGGAACCGGGACCGCUUGGCCAAGGAGUGGCGGGCCCUGUGUGCCUACCAGGCGGAGCCCAACACCUGUGCCACCGCCCAGGGGGAGGGCAACAUCAAAAAGAACCGCAACCCUGACUUCCUGCCCUAUGACCACGCACGCAUCAAGCUGAAGGUGGAGAGCAGCCCUUCUCGGAGCGAUUACAUCAACGCCAGCCCCAUUAUUGAGCACGACCCUCGGAUGCCAGCCUACAUAGCCACACAGGGCCCACUGUCACAUACCAUCUCAGACUUCUGGCAGAUGGUGUGGGAGAGUGGCUGCACCGUCAUUGUCAUGCUGACCCCGCUGGUGGAGGAUGGUGUCAAGCAGUGUGACCGCUACUGGCCAGAUGAGGGCUCCUCCCUCUACCAUGUAUAUGAGGUGAACCUCGUGUCGGAGCACAUCUGGUGCGAGGACUUCCUGGUGCGGAGCUUCUACCUGAAGAACGUGCAGACCCAGGAGACGCGCACGCUCACGCAGUUCCACUUCCUCAGCUGGCCGGCAGAGGGCACCCCGGCCUCCACCCGGCCCCUGCUGGACUUCCGCAGGAAGGUGAACAAGUGCUACCGGGGCCGCUCCUGCCCCAUCAUUGUGCACUGCAGUGACGGUGCAGGAAGGACUGGCACCUACAUCCUCAUCGACAUGGUACUGAACCGCAUGGCAAAAGGAGUGAAGGAGAUUGACAUCGCUGCCACCCUGGAGCAUGUCCGUGACCAGCGGCCUGGUCUCGUCCGCUCCAAGGACCAGUUUGAAUUUGCCCUGACAGCUGUGGCGGAGGAGGUGAAUGCCAUCCUUAAGGCCCUGCCCCAGUGAGACCCUUGGGGCCCCUCCGUGGGCAGCCCAGCCUCUGCUCCCUCUUUGCUAUGUGAGCAUCUGUGUACUCACUCCUCACUUCCCCACCUGCCACCUUGGCCCCUCUUGGGCAUGUCUAGCCCUUCCAAGAGGAGCAUGUAAAGAAGGGGAAGUGGGAAGGGGCACACCGGGAGCCCUGGCAUCAGUCCCGUGGGGGAGCUGGCAGCUGGCCAGGAGGAGAGGAAAUCAACCAUUCCACCCCAGAGCCUCCUCCUGCCUGAGCCCCCUGGCCCCCAUUCCCCACCACUCUGGAUGCUCCCAAUAUGUCUGUGUGGACGCCCUCCCCCCUCCGGUGUGGCUAGAAUGGGGCGGAGGGGCCACCAUGUCCAGCUCUUCCUGUUCUCCCAGCCCCUGCUGCCCGCUGACCUGCCUCCACGACCCACACUCUGGCCCUUGCCCUUCCUACCCCCUCCCCCGGCCCUCCCGCCGCCACAUGCCACUCAACUCUGUCCCCCUGGCACAAGAGAACAUUUCUAGAAAAAUCUACUUUUGUAUCAGUGUGAAUAAAGUUAGUGCGUCGUGUGUGCAGCUGCAA